AUGCAAUUCAAGAAUAUCGUCGCCUCUCUAGCCAUCGUUGCUGUUGCUCAAGCUCAAGGUCACAACAACUCCUCCGGUAACAGCACUUCCAGUGCUAACGGUGCCGUUGCUACUUACGGUUCCGCCGGUUUGUUCGGUGCUGCUGUCGCCGCUGGUGUUGCUUUGUUGAUGUAA